AUGCUUGGCAUUCUACGCUCCGAAGCUCUUGCUGUGCUCCCGUCCUGGUACUUCCAGGUCGUUGCGACAAGCCUAAUUGACUGCUUCCCUCUUGAUGGCGUAGGCUUACAGUCUUGUGCCCUCGGAACCCUCGUGAAACAGGCCAUUCACUUUUACUUCAUAAACUUCGCUCCUCAACACGCUACUGACUCCUAA